AUGUCUGCCCGCGCCUCUGAACUAGGAGACCAGAAGAUAAAGGACGACUCAGACAGCGAGGAUGACACCAAAGAACUUAAGCGCCAGCUCAACAAGACCAACAGCAACUUCAAGGCAAUGCGCGAAGUGUUCAACCAGAACGCCGCAGUCCUUAGCGAGCUCCAGGAACAAGCCCGCAAGAACCAGGAUCUAGAGAAAGAAGUCGCCACCCUCCAAGCGGCCGCCAACGUCAUAUCCGCCCCAGUCGAAGGACGAGAACGCCUCAAGCUUAACACGCCUUCCACUUUCGACGGGACCCCAGGACAACUCAAAGGACACCUGCUUGACAACCCUGUCGAAAAAUACAGCCAAGAAGUCAAGGAUAUCUUCUUCAGCUUCACAGGCUAUGUUAAGGCCCUAGAAUCUCUCUUCCUUGACCCUGAUGAACGAAGACAGGCCGAACGAGACCUGUCCUACCUACGACAAACCAAGUCAGCUACACUCUACGCCGCAGAGUUUAGGCGAUUAGCUGCAAGACUCCACAUAACCGACGAAAGCAAAGUUUUUGCCUUUUAUCAAGGACUUAAGGAUGAGGUCAAAGACGAAAUAGCCAAACUGGAGACACCCCCUAGCUUCCUCGCCUAUGUUGAACAUGCUAUUAAGAUUGACAACCGCCUCUAUAAACGACGAAAGGAACGAGGAGAGAAACGACAAAACCCAAAUUCAGGACGCAAGUACUAA